AAGUGACCAUAACUCGGACAACUCACCGCGCAGCAACGAUCAUGGAAUCCGAGGAAUAGUGGUAGAAACUUGACGCAUUUGUAUUGGAAUACUAUAUGACAUUCUCUAAGACACAUGGCAGACCAAGAUACCAUAGAUUAUCAUGCACUUUGUGCAAAUGAAGAAGAUGAAAUCGAAGGUCUAAAUGAAAGGUUAAUACAAUUAUUAUCUGCAGAGAAAGUUCCGUCACACAGCAUUGUUGAUAGUAGCAUAUCACAACCAUUGUGUGACAUUAAUAGUAAAAAUGAUGGCCUUACAGUUGAAAGUAAGACAUCUGUUUCACCAUUGCUCAGUCAUUAUAAAUAUGACUGUCGCUUUUCAUAUCAUGAUAGUCCAGUUAAUUUUUCAUCUCUACCAACGUAUCUCCCACCUGUUGGUGUAUUUUGGGACAUAGAAAAUUGCCAUGUACCAAAAGGAAGGUCUGCCAUGGCAGCAAUACAAGUAAUUAGAGAGAAAUUUUUUGGUGGUUACAGGGAAGCAGAAUUUAUUGUAGUUUGUGAUGUUUGUAAAGAGAGUAAUCAGGUUGUGAAAGAAUUGAACAAUGCUCAGGUUAAUUUAAUACAUGUUGCUAGAGAAUGUAAAAAUGCUGCUGAUGAAAAACUCAAACAAUCUAUUAGAAGGUUUGCUGAUAUUCAUGGAAGUCCAGCAGCUGUAAUUUUAAUAUCUGGUGAUAUUAAUUUUGCUGCUGAUCUCAGUGAUUUACGUUAUAGGAAGAAAAUUCAUGUGAUACUUUUACAUAUGAAAAAUGCAUCUGAAGCAUUAAUAUUAUGUGCCAAUGAGCAUUAUGAUUUCUCAGAACUUAUGGAAUCACUGCCUUCAUGUUCCUUUCAGGUUACUACAAAUUAUGAUCUUCUAGUUAGUAACCUUCCUGAAGAUCAAGAUGUUGUAUCCAUUAAACGUUGUCUUAAACAAAUGUCUGAAAGCUUUGGUGGUCGAGUAAUGGAAAUUGAAUCAAAUAUUGCAAUUAUACGCUUUACUUCAAAACCUCUUGCAGACAGAGCUCAGAAGUGUAUGGAUGGAAAGAUUGUCCUUGGUUCAAAAAUUUCUGUAAAAUUUCAGAAAGAAAAAGGGUGUAAUUUUCAGAAAACUCCCGGGAAUUCUAAACACAGAAAUCGUGCUGCAAGUGAGUCAGAAAUUGUUACAAGUUCUCCGAGGCAAAUGUACAGUGCAAAUGCUUCGAUCACGGGUGGAAGAGCCCUUCAGAUUCCACAUUUUCAGUCAUCAUCGCCAGUUAUUGGAACGUAUUCUGGAUGGAAUUCGGCCCAUUAUGUUCCCGCUUCAACGCCACUGGGAAUUGUUCCACAGCCAACUAUUUUUGUUGGUAGGCCAUAUUCGAAUAAUAGUAAUGUAGGUUUUAAUAGAACUUACAAUGAACUUGCAAGGGUCCAAUCUCCAUUAUUCUGGCAAAUCUCUGGUUCCCAGCAAAUUGGUCAUAUGUGGGAAGAACAAUAUAAGGUGGAAAAAACCAAAGUGCUUAGUAGAAGAAUUCACAUCCCGCAGGCUCGGGAUAAUGGUGUUACAAAUAAUGUAGCUUCUCGAACUCCUGAGGGUUUAAGGCGCAUCAGGGGAACGCACACUUCUUAUGUACAACCUUCAGAGUGGACUGGAUCAAGGCAACAACAUCCUUCUUUGAAUACUUCUACGAGUUUCAAUGGAACACAUUCUCAAUCGAAUUUCAAACGCCGGAGUCCGUCUCCGAUGUGUGAUUUACAAUCACGAGAACGAAAUCAGUGGAAUGGACAGAAUGUGUCUGUACGUAGUACUAGGACACCUUCACCUUAUGAAAAUACAGUACAAACGAUGAAUCAACAAAGUAACCAUACUUCACCUUAUCAUCCAAGUGAUACGGAAAGUGAAGAAGUUGAGAAAUUCUUCAAUCCAAUAAACAAUCACAAUGGCACAUUAACAAACAAUGAUACAUGCACACCUAUUGAAUUACAAGUAACCAACUUAGACCAAAGUAUUAAUCCCAAAAAAAUGAGACAUAUGCUUGCCUCAAUUUUUAUGGAACAUGUGAUGGUAUUAAACGUCUCUAUUUUUACACAGUCUGAUGGCAACUUUGCCGCAAGUGUCAAAGUACCUUCUUUGUCAGACGCACAAUAUGCAAUUUCUCAAUUACAUCGUCGUAAAGUAGGAUAUAAGCGUAUUUUAAUAUCAUAUGCUCAUAGUGGCAGAGCAAGUCCUCAGGUUGUGCGAGCGCAAAUCGUAAUGCUACUGCAAGAAGUACCUGGUCAUAAACUUCCUCUCUUUAAGUUUCGAGAGAUGUACGAGAGUCGUUUCAUGAUUUCCAUCAGUGUUUCUGAAUUGUACAAAAUGAAAGAUGUUUGUAUUAUUACGGAAGAUCCUAGUGGUAGAAUGGUUUCUCUUAAUCCGGAUCACAGAAAUACUCCAUCACCAUGUUUUAAUAAUACAACACAGGAGGAACAAGUAGAGUUACCAUAUUGCACUAUUCAUACUCUUAAACCAUGGUCUGACAAAGGAUGGGCUGAACAAAAAGUGGCGUCGCUUCCUAAUGUAAAAAUUUCUUUAAAAGUUCUCGAUCCACGUAUACAUCAAUUAUUAACUACGCAUAAUGGAUCUUUGCCAUUGCCUAGUUUACCAAAUUGUUAUGAGGCUGAAUUUAAGGAGAAAUUACAGGUAGCUGAAAAUGGAGUACCUUUAGAACAUUUAGUGUCUUGCCUAUCUUGUGUUGAGCUGAAACAGGGUAUGGGUAGCGUAAAGUACCUUAUUUGGACCGGCAAUAAAAUUAACGAAACUAACCAUGAAGAGAAUAAAUGUGUGAGCCCUCCACUUGCAAAUCAAUUAGCACUUUUCAGUCGUGAAUUAGUCGAUCUUCUGAAAACUGCUCCACACUGCCAGUUGCCAUUCAACAGAUUUAUACCAGCAUAUCACCAUCAUUUUGGAAGACAAUGUAGAGUCGCUGAUUACGGAUUCACCAAAUUAAUUGAUUUAUUAGAAGCACUUACUCAUACCGUACAAGUAAUGGGUGAAGGAAACAGACGCGUGGUUACGUUAUCCCAUCGUGCACAAGUGCGUCGUUUUACAUCUGACUUGUUAAGGGUCUUAAAAUCUAAAGCUAGCAAACAAGUAGCACUUUCAGAAUUUCCAAGUAUUUGUACUAGAGUGUUAGCUAAAACAUGGGAUAUCGUGGACUAUGGAGUAUGUGAGAUCGAAGACAUUCUUAGUGAAGUAUCAGAAAAUACUGUUGUCGUUACUACGAUCAAUGGAGGGGAUAAAAUGAUAGCCAUUCCUAAACGAGAACAAACUCCGGAAGAGAUGGAACGAACAAAACAAUUUGCUGUAGAGGUUAUAGAAAUAUUACGACACGCGCCUCAGUGUAGAAUGCAAUUUAAUAAAUUUGUCCCAUCCUAUCAUCAUCACUUCGGCCAUCAGUGUCGUGUAUCAGAUUAUGGUUUUACCAAAUUAAUCGAAUUGUUCGAAGCUGUACCGGAUGUAGUUAAGAUCGAAGAUGAUAAUUCUGGAGAAAGGCAAAUUUCUUUAACAGAAAAGGAAGGUCUUUGUGUACUUUCCGAACAGAUAUCCAAAUUAAUUACUCGUUCAAAGGGUUGUGUUAACGUCUCGAAUAUUGCACAGAAUUUUUUACGUCAAUUUGGUUACGCAUUGAAACCAGAAUUAUUUGAUUGCACAUCCGUAUUGCAGCUUAUGCAAAAACUUGGAGAUACUGUAAAGAUUAUAUAUCUAGCAACUGGACCUGUAGUUGUGAUGGUAGAUAAAUCUCACUUACAACAAUUAAUUUUGCAAUGCCGUCGAUUGCUGAUGGAUAAACCACAACAUAAAAUGCCACUUAAAGAGUUUCAACAAUUAUAUGCUCAGCAUUAUUUAAAACAAUGUAAUAUAGAUGAACUGAAACAAAAUUUGUCUAACGUGGUUCGAUUUACAACAGUGAACAACGAACAGUUCAUAGAACUUACUUCGUUACAUUGUUUUGCCUGCAAUUUAUAUCGUGUAAUGAUGAAUUAUGGUGGUGCAUUAAAAGUUUCGCAAUUUGAAGCUGCAUAUUUGUCCACUAUCGGUACCAUCUGUAGACCCGCAGAAUACGGAUUUCAAACAGUUUUUGCACUUUUGCAAGCACUACCUUGUACGGUAACGAUAAAACUAUCACGACGAAAAAAGAACAUCAUCUAUCUGAAUAAAAAAAUUGCUGUAGCUGUCGGUAUGCCUUUACCACCAUCGUACGCAUCUACAUCAUCGUAUCGUGACACAGAUUCUAGCAAUGAAUCGUUUGAAAGCGAUUCAUCUUCUCGUGUUAAUGCUUCAAGUAAUUCAAUUUCGUUAGAGGAACGCGCAAAAUGGACAGAACAAAUAGUCGAGAAUCAGAGUUCCUGGAAACAGAUAGAUAAAAACAAUCUGUGGUCCAAAAAAUCUGAUAAAUCGUGGAAAACAUCAUCUUCGGAAGAUCAAUUGGUAAAUUGGACAUUGCAAGAAAAUGGAAGCGAAAGUUUCCUCAAAAGUUUGCUACGAACACCAAUUAUACCGCAUGGUUUUCCACCUCCACCUCCUAAACCAGAUUCACCACCUGAGGGAGAAUUAAAUAAAAAUCAGUGGGAAUCAUCAGUUUGGAUGACUCCAACGAAAUUUACAUAUCCAGAGGAUGUGCAUACUACCCAUGUACAGGUUCCUCCGUUAACUUUACCUCCUUCCUGGAAUCAAAUUAUAUCCGACAAUAGUACCUCCAACUUACUAUCGCCAACCAAAAAUUUAUUACCUGCUGCAGCAAAUCCUUUAAAUCCACGUACUUCUCCUUUCUUUUCCUCUAAGCGUAACAUCGUCGUUGCUCCACAUCCGUCUGAAUUACCGCUUCCUUCGUUGUCCUUAACUCCUAAAAAGAUCGUGUCUUCGGAAAAUAUUAUAAAUACUGAGGAUUUUACGGACAAGCAAGAGAGGAUUAUCAGUAAUUCUAUGGAAGAAGUGCCCCUUCAGAGUAAUGAAACUGAUAGCAAUAACACGGAAGGCGACAAUGAUAAAGAAAAACACAGUACUCCCACAAAUCAGUUAUUUACCACAAGCAAACGUCGUUUAGCUGCUCAAUUUAAUCGUCCUAUUGAGUCAUGA